UUAAAUUUCAGAAAGAAACCAAAUUCGCAGAUAUCAAAAGGAGCAGAGUCGGACGGAGGUCGUGGCGGGGCGGUUGCCGAGGGGAGAAGGGAUGUUGAAUCAGUCUGGUGUGAGCAGUGGACAUGAGCGGGUCUCCGACUGACGCCCUCGAGGGCGUAACCGUUUUUCGAGACGUUAACUGUACGAAUGAAACUGCAAAAAUACCCGAGUCAUGUUUCAACUAUUCCGUCGGUAUGGAGGUCGAGGGCGAACACCUCAUGGAGUACAUCGUGUCCAUAGUCGUACCCAUACUUUUUGGAAUAAUUAUAAUUUUGGGCCUGAUCGGUAAUUUCCUUGUUGUGGUCGUAGUCGCCGCGAACCAGCAGAUGAGGAGCACGACGAAUCUGCUCAUCAUCAAUUUGGCCAUUGCUGACCUCCUUUUUAUCGUUUUCUGCGUCCCGUUUACGGCGACGGAUUACAUAUUUCCAUUCUGGCCCUUCGGGGACAUAUGGUGUAAAAUGGUACAGUACUUGAUCGUAGUCACAGCAUACGCGUCGGUCUACACGCUUGUUCUCAUGUCGGUGGACCGCUUCCUCGCCGUCGUCCAUCCGAUCGCUUCCAUGUCGGUCAGGACCGAAAAGAACGCCCUCACCGCGAUCGUCGUCACGUGGUUUUUUAUUGUAAUUUCAAAUAUCUACGUUAUCUUUUGCCACGGCGAAGUUCCGUAUACGUAUUCUCCGGAGACGGAUCAUACAUCUUGCAUUUUCCUCGAAGUCCAUGACGAAAUCCGACCGAAUGGAUGCAACAAGCCGGCUUUCCAGGUUGGUCAAACACCCCCAAAAAGUUAAAUGUGCUCGUGUACCCAACAGCAGAUUCCAGGA